AUGAGCCCUAAGUUUCGCGUUGCGAUCGUAGGCGGAGGCAUAGCCGGGCUCGUGCUGGCAGUUGCCCUGUCGAAGUCUCCCGACAUAGAAGUCCACAUCUAUGAAGCUGCUCACCAGUUCUCUGAGAUUGGCGCAGGCAUUGGGAUGUUCCCUCGAGUGUGGAAGAUUAUGCGUGCACUGGGAUUGGAUCGCGAUCUUGCCGCCGUGUCUAGUGUCCAAGGAGAAAUAAACGACGAGACCGAGACGUCGCUUCUCAAAUUACGCAAAUCGGAUCAGGACGAAGGGCUUUACUUCUAUGAUGUACACGGGCAAGGCCACACGUUUCUGUUCCACCGGGCCGACUUCCAACAAGCUAUUAUGAAGAAUAUACCACCCUCAUGCGCAACACACUUCUCGAAGCGGCUCGCUUCUCUUGAUGAACCUUCAAAUAAGGAAGAUUCGAUCCUGUUGCAUUUCACGGACAGAUCAACUGCCACUUGCGACGUCGUAUUUGGUGCUGAUGGCAUAAAGUCUGCUGUGAGAGCAGCAGUGUGGCAGAAGAAAGUGGACAGCGCCAUCGCCCUAGGUGAUCGCGAAAGGGCGACCCGUCUCGCAGAACAGAUCACACCUAUGUGGAGUGGCACUGUUGCUUAUCGAGGCCUCAUUCCCAUUGAAAUGCUGAAAGAUAAAGCUCCUAAAAUCGCACUCGCGUCUCACACUUGCCCGAUGCUUUACCUCGGCAAGAACAAGCAUCUCGUCGUAUUCCCAAUAUCUCGGGGCAAGCUGAUCAAUGUAGUUGCAUUUUUUUCGCGCCCAGAUCAGGAAGGAACCCAGUAUGAAGGUCCUGCCGUAACGAAUGUCACUCAAGAAGAACUAUUGUCGGCGUUCGAAGACUUUGAGCAGCCGGCGCAAGAUCUAUUGCGUUGUAUCGAGAAACCCUCGAGAUGGGCGGUACAGUCCGUGAGACCUCUGGAUUCUCAUAUCUCCGAUUCUGGAAGAGUAGCGCUCGUGGGUGAUGCGGCCCAUGCAAUGACUCCACAUCAGGGCAGCGGCGCGGGACAAGCUAUAGAGGAUGCGUACAUCCUAUCCUCUUUGCUCCAACACCCUGCAUGUACUCGAAAGACAUUACCUGAAGCCAUCAAGAUUUAUGACAAUAUUCGUCGUCCUUUCUCUCAGAGAAUCUGGCGGAACUCGAGGAAGGCUGGUCUUAUAUAUGAUUUCAAUUGGCCUGGGCUUUCAGACAAAGAAGUCAUGCACCAGGCUGAAGGCGGGAGGUGGUAUGCGGAUUUGGAUGCCUUACGCCGGUUAGGUAACCAUGUGCAGGAACUGCAGGAGUGGACAUGGCGUACUACGAUCGAUAGUGAUCGUGCUCUAGCUAUAGAGAUGCUCGAGAAGUGCGCGGAAGAACAGAGACUGCAAGGACGGAGCCGCAUGUAAUUGACUGCAUGACGCUGUGCUCGAGACCCCUACUGAAUCACAUUGUUAUCAUUGACAGCAGCGAGUAUAUAUUGUGAUUUAGCUUGGUA